UUUAAUCUGUUCAACUAGCCUCAGUCUUCUAUCCAUUUUAAAGGUUUUCCUAACAAACCCAUUACGUUGACUUUACCCGUAAUAUACACGGAGGGUUAGUCGAUUGAUCUCAUUCAACAAGUUUCUUUACAAUCAUUUCGCCUAAAUUCUCCCUUCAAAGAUUUAUUCUUUCAGGAUCCUUCAAUCAUAAUUUCAAUGGCGUCUUCUUCAACUUCAUCCAUUCACAAGAGCUUUAAGUAUGAUGUGUUUUUGAGUUUCAGGGGCAAAGAUACUCGUACGAACUUCGUUGAUCAUCUUUAUCAUGCUCUCCAGCAGAAAAGCAUUCAUACUUACAAGGACGAUGAGAGAAUCAAAAAAGGUAAAAAGAUUAGCAAUGAGCUCAUCGGAUCCAUUGAAGAUUCAAAAUUCUACAUCAUUGUUUUCUCAAAGAACUAUGCCUCUUCAUCUUGGUGUUUGGAUGAGCUUGUGAAGAUAAUGGAGUGCCACAGGACAACAGAACAGACUGCAUACCCUGUCUUCUAUGAUGUGGAACCCUCCGAAGUCAGAAAACAAAGUGGGGCAGUUGGAGAAGCAUUUGCCAAGUACGAAAUGGAAGAGGCUGCUGGAAAAUGGAGAGUGGCUCUGAAAGAAGCAGCGGAUCUUGCUGGGUGGGAGUUGAAGAAGACUGCUGAUGGGCAUGAAGCUAAAUUCAUCCAAAAAAUAGUUGAAGAGCUUUCAUUAGUGUUACGUACCAUCAGUUUCAACAUUGAUGAAAAGUUAGUAGGAAUGGAGACCCGGAUCAAAGAUCUUGUACCAUCUUUAGGAAUUUGUUGUGAUGAUGUCCGCAUGAUCGGGAUCAAGGGGAUUGGAGGUGGUGGAAAGACAACUUUAGCAAGAGCUCUUUUUGAUCACAUAUCCUUUCAGUUUGAAGGUAAAAGCUUCGUUGAAAAUGUCAGGGAAAAUGCUUCUUUGUCAGGUUUAAAGUCGUUGCAAAAGCAAGUCCUUUCAGACAUUUUAAAUUAUAAAGACAUCAGCAUAAGUAGUGUUCAUGAUGGGAAACAGAUGAUGAAGAGGAUGAUGCCUAGUAGGAAGGUUCUUGUUGUUCUAGAUGAUGUGGAUCACAUAGACCAGCUUGAGGUGUUAGCCGGUGAGCCUAAUUGGUUUAAGCCGGGAAGUAGGAUUAUCAUUACGACAAGAGAUGAGCAAGUGCUAGUAGCACACCGAGUGAAGUUGAUUUAUGAUGUCAAUCUAUUAUCAAAUAACGAAGCAAUUUUCCUCUUCAGUAGGUAUGCAUUUGGGACAGAUAUUCCAGCUCAAGGGUAUGAAGAGCUAUGUAGACAAGUUGUACGUUAUGCUGCUGGUCUUCCGUUAACAAUCAGAGUUUUGGGUUCAUUUCUUUGUGGUAAAAAUGAGCUGGAAUGGAUAGAUGCCCUAGAUCGCCUAAAAACAAUUCCGUUAAAUGAGACCCUGAAAAAAUUGGAACUAAGCUAUAUUGCUCUAGAGGAGGAUUACAAGGAAAUUUUUCUAAACCUUGCAUGCAUCAUGAAAGGUUGGCGGAAAGAUGAUGCAAUCAAAGCGCUUGAAAGCUGUGGAUUUUAUGCUAGAAAUGGUUUAAGAGUUCUUCAGCAAAAAUCUCUUAUAACUAUUUAUAAGAACUAUGGUUAUGAUCACCUAGGCAUGCAUGAUCAUCUUGAGGAAAUGGGUAGGAAUAUUGUGCGUCGCUCACACCCCGAUAAGCCUCAUAAACAUAGCCGAUUGUGGAAAGUCGAUGAAAUUGAAGAUACAUUAGCUAAUGAUUUGGGUAGUACUAAAGCAACAAAAUAUAUACAAGUCCACAGAAAGAAAUUCAGUCUUCCUAUUUUCAUAAAAGGUCUAAGAAAGAUGAAGGAACUUAGAUUUCUUUGUGUUCGUGGAAAUUGUUCCAUUGAUUUGGAGUUUAGUAUAGUCGGUCCAGACUUCCCAAAAGCUUUACGAUAUCUGCAUUGGGACUUUUACCCUUUUAGGUCUUUACCAACAACAUUUCAAGCAAAUAAUCUUGUUGCACUUGAGAUGGCUAACAGCAGAAUCGUACAACUUUGGGAAGGGGGAGAAAGAAAGGUCCUUAACAAGCUCAGAUUCCUUGACCUCAGUAGUCCAGUGUUGAGUACCUUUGAUCUUGGGCUUACUCCAAAUCUCGAGAUGUUGACUCUUCAACGUUGUCAUGAUUUGCUAGAACUUCACAUGACCGUUGGAUGUUUAAAGCUCAUAUCUGUCGUCCUUGAAGGUUCAAGGUUGAGGACCCUUGACCUUGGGUUGGCUCCAAAUAUUGAAGAGUUGAUUCUUGUUGGAUGCGAAGAUUUAGAAAAUCUUCACUUGCCUGGAAGAUGUCUAAAUCUCAGACACUUACUACUCACCAAAUCAAAGUUGAGGACCCUUGACAUUGGGCUGACUCCGAAUCUCGAGAAGUUAAACCUUAAAAAGUCUUAUUGUUUGGAAGAACUUCACAUGGCCAAUGAAUGUCAAAAGCUCAACGAACUCAUAAUUACUUAUUCAAAUUUGAGGACCCUUGACCUUGGGAUGACUCCAAAUCUCGAGAAGUUAGUUCUCAUAGAGUGUCAUAAAUUGGUAGAACUUCACACUCCUUUUGGAUGUCUAAAAAAGCUUGUCCACGUAAACUUAAGUGGUUGUUUGAGGUUUAGAUCUUUUAAGUUUAACAUAAAGGAUUAUACUUCUUGUAGUGUGGAUGAGUCACUUGAGGUUGGUCCUCUUGCUGAGUUAUAUCUGUGUGUAGAGUCUGUAAAAAGAUGCCUACUUCACCCUGACAAUAAAUUGCCAAAGUUUCAGUUUUUCUGUGAUUAUAAAGAAGAUGGACCCUCAUUGACUAGAAAUCUUGAGAGACUUUUUUCUGUAGGUAUGUGUGCUUGCACAAACCUUGAGACGUUUUCACAAAGCAUUUGUGGUUUACGACGUUUAAGAAAGCUUGUACUCCAAUACAGUUUUGUAGAGGUGAUCAAGGACCUUGACCAGUUAGAAUGUCUUGAGGAGCUCAUAUUGUAUUAUACAAAGAUUAAACAUCUUCCGGAUAGCAUUCUCAUGUUGAAACACCUGAAAUAUCUCGAACUUUAUGAUUGUUCGCUGCUUGAGAAGUUACCAGAGGAUCUUGGCCAAUUAGAAUGUUUACAGAAGCUACAUUUGACAGAUGUAAAGAUUAUUAAACAUCUUCCGGAUAGUAUUUGCAUGUUGAAACACCUGAAAUAUCUCGAACUUUAUGAUUGUUUGCUGCUUGAGAGGUUACCAGAGGAUCUUGGCCAAUUAGAAUGUUUAGAGAAGCUACAUUUGACAGAUGCAAAGAUUAUUAAACAUCUUCCAGAGAGCAUUUGCAUGUUGAAACGCUUGAAAAAUCUUCAACUUUAUGGUUCAUUGCUUGAGAAGUUACCAGAGGAUCUUGGCCAAUUAGAAUGUUUAGAGGAGCUAGAUUUACACGGAUGUGCACGUUUACAAGAUAUCCCAAAUAGCAUCUGUGAGAUGAAAUGUCUAAAACAUUUCUUUCUCUACAAUUGUAUUCGAGUUGAAAAAUUGCCUGAUGAACUUGGACGUUUGGGAUGUUUAGAAGCGUUAUAUAUACAUGGUACAAGCAUAAGUGAUCUUCCGCAGAGCAUUUUUUUGUUGAAAGAUCUGCGUAUUCAAGGGUCGAGACAGCUUCUUCAGUCGUGUGGGUUUACACCCGAGAUAGAAGCCCACAGAUAUAUAGAUGAAACGAUGUGUUACGCACGGGUACCCAUAAUGCAGGAACCCACAGUCAAGUGAAAUAGAACUAUUGGAAAAGGCAUCUGCAUCUGUUCUGUUCUUUAUCAAGCAUCGUGAUAUCUGGGGUGAAUGUUUUGUUAAUUGAGAUUAAUCUGGUAUCUAUGUAGGGAAUCUACUUAUUAUCUCAAGUUCUCAACCCAUGUUACUUUGUUAUCAGCAACCUCUAGUACUUAUAAUUUGGUCUCUAGAUAGGUCCUCCUCUUGAGGAUCUUGAUCUUCUACAAUUUGUAUAUAUGGAGUUGAGUGCCUCAUUACCGAAGUUCUGUGUGUUUUUUUUUAUUAUUUUUUUUUUUUUUAUUUUUUUAUUUAUUUUUUUUAUUUUAUUUUAGUCAGUGAUAAUUUGAAAAGACUGUUAUAACCUGGUUCAUCGUAGUCUCAUUCUCUUCUCAUGAUCUUCUCUCGUAAAAAAAUAAAUUAAUUAGUUUUGGAGUAAAGAAAUGCUGAGAAAUGGAUGAAACAUGCACUCUGGUACAUUGCUAUAUCUAUGAUUUGUCCGAUAUUUAUGUAUGUAUUUAUAUUUCUAUAAAUGUAUGUAUGUAUGUUUCUGCAUUAUUUUCCACAUUAUACUACAAUUUGGCAAUGGUUGAUCUUUUGUCAUCCACAAUAUAAUAUAUAUAUUCACCUUAAGAUGUGCAUGGAUACCUCGAGACCUUCCCAUUAUCAAGAGUUAUUUUAACUGCAAAAAAUUGAUAAUGAAUUCGUUCCAUUCAUCAUUUCAUGGACAACCCUAAAAGCCUGCACAUAAGUUGUCUUUGCAAAAAAGUCCUUGUAGGUCUUGUUUGUAACUUUGUUUUUGAGUUAGAGCUUAAUGCUUUGUAUUUGGAAAUAUAAUUUUAGCUUAUUGCUCUGAUUUUUCAUGCAUCAACACAAAGCAUAUCCUGAAUAUUAACAAUAAGAUUGUGGUUUUGAAAGUUAAGAAUCAUCUCCUAUCUGUUGUGUGUUGAUUGCAGCCUUUAAUGUAUUGUGAAAACAAUUUUGAUAGGUUUCAGGUUAAAAGUUGUGGUACAACUGUAUAGAGUUGUAAGUAGGUUGUUAUUAUGGGCAAAGGUUAUAUCACAUCGUUGAGAUUAUUAAUUCUCGUAAUCUGCCGAAAUUAUAAAGAAAAAGA